CAAGCGGACCCUGAAAGAAAAAAGGAAAAAAGAAGAAAGCUCUGCAUCAACGAUGUUUAUGAACAGCCGGUCUUUACAUGGCGGUUUCUCCAUUGGCUUCAAGGAGUAAUUGCCAUGGCAUUUCUCAUGAGGCUCAAAUCUCUUUCUUACCAACUUCUGGUGCGUGCUCUCAAGAGUCAGCAGCCUUUUGAAAUUCUGGCCGGUAGUAAGAACUGAUUGCAACUGCAGAUUAAAAUGGCUGGUUCUCAGAGGGUGAAAGUAACUUCAGGGAGCUGAUCAGCUCGGCCAUGUGUUAAGAGACCUUGUAAGUUUCCUGCUGGUAUUGUCUUGUCAAGUCCUUGGUGAUGUGCACAGGUUAUCACUUCCAGACGAGAGGAGAAACUGUCAGCGAUCCAUUUAUUUUCUGAUUUUUAUGCAUCAAGAAGGGAUUUCCCUUUGUCUUUUGAGAGAGCGAUCCAUUUAUUUUCUGAUUUUUAUGCAUCAAGAAGGGAUUUCCCUUUGUCUUUUGAGAGGGGGAAAAGGAAGAUCUUUUUUGUGUUGAAAGAGAGACAACCACCUGGCUUGAUAAGGCUUUGCCAAUGGUCUUUUCUUGUGCGCAAUGGGGAUCGAAGGUCUUCCGGGAAGCUCGUGAUCCGUGGCAAGUGUAUUCGUCUGUUUCUGCAGCUUUUCUUGAGUAUAAGCCAAAACAAAGCAGGUCGACCUUGAAUUCAGGCCACAGGGUCUCUCUCUCUGUCUGUGUUCUACUCAUUGAUACCAUCUUUGGGAUCUCUGCAAGAGUCCAAGAACAGUACAGAGCAGAGCAGUUCUCUGGCUGUCUCAACCCACAUGGCAGCAUGAUGGGUGCUUUUGAUAUCUUGCGAACAAAAGCUCAGGACCCACGUGGCAAUGGCGGUUUGCAUGUUGGAAGCUACUUGUUUUUAUGGAAUUAACCACAUUUAGCAUGCUUGUUGAGACAGAAGAAAUCAACGAGGAGCUUUCUCUGCGUAGACGCCACGCCCAUGUUCACACCUCGCACUUCUUUGCUGUGGAGAGGCUUUGCUCCAAAUACUCAUCCCCACAAAACUGAAAGUUGUUGAAUUCCUUUACUGGAUUUGCGCUGUUUGAGCUUCUACCCGUCAGGUGGAACGCCGGCCAUGGCGUGCCUUUCGUCGCUUGAUAAGUUCCGGCCGGCUGCCGGAAUGGUUCUGGUUCAGGUAUUCAUGACGGGGAUGCUGCUGCUCUCCAAAUUGUGCCUCGAUGAAGGGAUGAACAUUUUCGCGCUGUUGGCCUAUCGCCACCUGGUUGCCGCCGCUUUCCUCGCGCCUUUCGCCUACUUUUGUGACAGGGACCAGGUGAAGAGGCUGACAUGUGCGGCUUUGGGUUGGAUCUUCGUCUGCGCCCUGUCUGGAAUUACAAUUGGGAUGGGCUUCUACUACUACGGACUCCUCUGUACCUCCACCACUUUUGCUGCCACUUUCCUCAACCUCAUUCCAGUCCUCACUUUUAUCUUCGCCGUUGUAUUAAGAAUGGAGAACAUCUGCCUAAAGACUAGAGCUGGAGUAGUGAAAGUGGGAGGCACCGUUGUGUGUGUGAUGGGCGCCAUGCUCGCUACACUGUAUAAAGGCACUUCUGUAAAACUGCUCUCUUCUCUUUGGCACACUCAUCACACGUCUGCUGUUCGUCUGGCGAAGACGGACUGGACUCGAGGAGCAAUGAUGCUAGUCGUCAGUAGCAUAAGCUACUCUGCAUGGUUUAUUGCUCAAGUUAAAUUAUUUAAAAUGUUCCCUGCGAGGUACCUAGCGAAUACACUAAUAUGUUUGAUAGGAAGCCUGCAAUCGGCGGUGAUAGGUUUUGCCUUGGAAAGGGAUUUGGCGAUGUGGAAGAUAGGACCGGACUUGCAGUUGCUGACAAUAGUUUAUUCGGGAGUAUUUACUUCUGGAGCAACCUUUUGCUUAACAUCAUGGUGCGUUAGCAAGAAGGGUCCAAUUUAUGCAGCCAUGUUUUCACCUCUUCUUCUUGUCCUUGCCUGCAUCUCUGGUUCGAUUUUCUUGGGUGAACGGCUCUAUAUUGGGAGUAUGUUAGGCUCAGUGCUGAUAGUGGGAGGGUUAUACGCCUAUCUUUGGGGAAAGAGAAAAGAAUCGAUGCUGAAAAUACUUCAAGUAGACGGAAGCGGAAGUGCAUCAUCUAGGAGACUGCAGGCAAAAGCUGCUGUUGUUGUCGCACAAGAAGCAGUUGUCCCUGAUGAAGCGAAUGAUCAAGCCAAAUCCGAAGUGGCUAAGGGGGAGACGGCCAUUAAUCUUCGUUGAAACCACAGACGGCAAGUGGUUUUCCUAAUCUUCAAUAAUGCUUGACAAGCUAAUCAUAUUUCUUUGCACAUUAAAGGUUUUUUUUUUUUCCUUUUUACAACAAAAUUGAUAGAAAAAGGGUAUACAAAAGUAUAAUAACAUCGAUGGAGUAUCCCUUCUUUUUAUUCUUUGAAAGCUUGUAUGUAAAUUAUGAACACGGAGAUAGCAUUGCCAUUCAAUAUUUGUGGCCUCUUUUCCCUUAAAGUUU